GGAUUAAAGCGAGGACUAGGCCCCGAAAGUAUGGCGGCUACCGAGGCAGCGAUGGCGUCGUCGUCUUUGUCUUUGGAAACAGACACAGCCCCAGUGCUAGAAAGUGCGGGAACAGCCGCAGCAACGGCCGCGAUCUCGCCAGCAACGGCUGCAGGCGCGACGACUGAGGAUCCGGCUGAGACUGAGGCCGCGACGGCUUCGGCUGAGGUCUCGACUGAGACUGCGACGGCUGAAGCUGCGGCUGAGACUGCGGCCUCUACAGCCGAGGUUGGGCCUGAGACUGCGGCUGCUUCGGCCGAGGCUGAGACUGAGACUGCGGCCGCUACGGCUGAGGCUGCGACUGAGACUGCGGCCGCAACGGCUGUGACUGAGGCUGCGGCUGAGACUCAAGCUGCGACCGAGGCUGCGGCAGAGACUGAGGCCGCUGCUGGAUCGGAAGGGGGUGAUACCAAGUCCGCUAUGGCUAAUAAGCUGCUGUCCCUAAACGGCGUGUUCGCUGUGCACAAGCCCAAAGGGCCCACCUCAGCCGAGCUGCUGAAUCGGCUGAAGGAGAAGCUGCUGGCAGAAGCUGGAAUGCCGCUUCCAAAAUGCAACAAGAGGAAAAAGCAGACUUUCAAAAUUGGGCAUGGAGGAACUCUAGACAGUGCAGCCAAAGGAGUUCUGGUGGUUGGAGUUGGAAGAGGAACAAAAAUGUUGACCAGUAUGCUGUCAGGGACCAAGAGGUACAUUGCCACUGGAGAACUGGGAAAAGCUACUGAUACGCUAGAUUCUACAGGGAAAGUAACAGAAGAAAAACCUUAUGAUAAAAUAACACAAGAAGAUAUCGAAGGCAUUCUACAGAAAUUUACUGGGAAUAUAAUGCAAGUACCCCCCCUCUAUUCUGCAUUAAAGAAGGAUGGACAGAGACUUUCAACUUUGAUGAAGAGAGGUGAAGCAGUAGAAGCAAAACCUGCCAGGCCAGUUACUGUGUACAGUAUCUCCCUUCAAAAAUUCCAGCCUCCAUUUUUCACAUUAGAUGUUGAAUGUGGCGGAGGUUUUUAUAUCAGAAGCUUGGUCAGUGACAUUGGCAAAGAACUCUCUUCCUGUGCCAAUGUGCUAGAGCUGACCCGAACCAAACAGGGACCAUUUACACUAGAAGAUCAUGCCCUUCCUGAAGAGAAGUGGACCAUUGAUGAUAUUGCACAGGCUCUCGAGCUCUGCUCCUCUCUUCUCCCAGAAGAGACGGGACUUAAAAAACCCAAACCUGAGGAGCCUAAGGAAGAGAAAGAAGAGUCUAAAGAACAGGCCUUGAGCUGUGAAUGUGUAUCAUUAAAUGAGGUGAAGGUAGAGGAGAAUGUAAUUCAGACAUGUUAAAAUUGGCCUGGCUUUUUUCCACCUGCAUGAAGAAAGCAAUCCAUUACUUAUAGUUUCUAUAGGGUACAGUUCAUCUGCUAGAAAUUAUAAAUGGCUUGUUCAGUUCUUUGCUGUAUUAUGGAAUGUUCUUUUAGGAUGUUUUUAUGUUGUUUCUGAAUUUGGUCUCUCUUCAAAGUUUUUUCCUGGGAAAAGUUAAACAAAUUUUCUAAUCAAAGUAAAAAGAAAUGUGGAGCUACGUGUGACUUCGGUUUCACAAAAGUGAACGUAACUUAAUGUUAUUUUGACUUCCUGGUGGCUCCAUGUUGUAUUGAAAUUCGUUUUUUACCUGUGUUUGAAAUGGCCAUCACUUAACUCUUGGUGUCUUGGAGAGUUUAUUUUUAUUAAGAACAUUUCUUUGAUAAGACCGCACUCAUCUAGUAAUAGCUGUGUUUGUUUAGAUCUUGAAAACUAAUAAAUUUUUAUAAUAAAUAUUUGUAAGUGAACCAUAUCAUUACUGCUACCACUAACAGGAUAUAAGCAAAAGACUAAAUGUUUAAUUAAAUUCACCUCUGCUCUACCAUUGGUGCAGAGGACUGCUCCAGUGGCUUGUAUUUUGGCAGCUAUGAGAUUUCUUCCUGGUAAUUUCAUCAGCACGGUUGACCACUUUUUACCAAGUUACUACAUAGCAUAAUAUUUUUAAUUUAAACUAAAGAAUGAGUCUUCAGUUAAAAAUGUAUUUCUCCAUCCUUUACUAAACUUUCUUUAUAUCUCUUUAUAGGGCAUUGAUUCCCGUGACAUCGUUUUUUUAGUUGUUUGCUCUGUCAAGUGAUAUUUAUAGACUUUGAGAUAGCUGCCCUGCAUUUCCACUUAAUUUCUUCUGCUCUAAAUAUUAACAGUUAUUCUCAAACGUUUUCAUUCAUAUGGUUUAUUGAAAGUUCCCUAUCCUGCCUUACCAUAAUUUUGAAAACAGUUGCAUAACAACAUAGUAAAUUUCAUAUGUAAUUAGUGCUUCAUAUAGGAAAGUAUAAUAUGUAGCCAGUCUGUUGUAAAAGCUUAAAUCCCUCUUCAUUUAUCAAAUAUAGUUUAAAAGGGAAAAAACAUUAAAAGUUCCAUAAAACAGGAGUUUUUUUUUUUUUUUUUUCAUUUUAUGGAUUGACUUUUCUAUUAAAGGUGGUUGUCAGCUUGCAACUUCUAACUCAAAAUUUUAAAAUAUGUAAACCGAAGGGGUUUUGUUUGUGGUUAGUAUGAUACAAAUGCAAUAUGAAAAGCUGUGUGCUUCAGUAGAGCAUUUCAGCAUAUUGGCAAAUUUUAAGUGAAAACGUUAAAACUAGUUCUUAGUAUGACACAGAAGAUUAUAAGGAAGAGUUUGAUUUUGUGAUGCAUUGACAUAAAAGUACCAAACAUACAAAGCCGUAAAUUGAAAGUUUACAGUUUACUUACUCAUAUCUAAGUACCCUGUAGUUUGUGUCAACAAGAAAUGGCAGUGGCUGUCUCUGGUUAUUAGAACCGCCCAGGUGACUACGUGUCUUCAUGCAUUGCCAGUUAAGGUCCGAAUAGAGGAAUAUUUAGAUUUUAGAAAACAGCUAUGGUAUUUUUGCUGUAUUUCUCAACUUAAAAACUGACGUGUAUAAUUUACUAAUGGAGAAAAGUAGAGAUUUUUUUCAGAAGACAAGUGGCUUUUUAAAAUGAUAACCAAUCUUUUUUUAUUUUUAUUUUUAUUGACAACAUCGGGGAAAAUUCACCAAAAGAAAAAAUUACCCAUAAUCCUCACUGUUCUAGUGAAAUGAUUUCAGAAUUUUAAUUUUUAUAUUUUGUUCCCUUUUUUGUUCACAUGAUUGCAGUCUUAAGGUACCUGCAAUUUUCAUUUGAUUAGCUUUUUCGUUUUGUUAUCUCUUUAUUUGUACUUUGUUUUGAUAAUUAUUUGAAUCACAUCGUACUCAUAUAUUACAAUUGAAGUCAUUUCCCUGUUGCUGAACCAUUAAGUGAGUUGUUUUCAAUUUAUUAGAAUAAAUUCCUGGGGGUGGGAUUAUUAAGUGAAUAAUACCAUCAGUUUUCAGGUUCUUAAUAUGUUUGCCUUAUUGCUUUUCUCAGAGAAUUGUAAUAUUUUAGUGUCACCAUUGGAGUAUAUCAGUUUCGCUGAAAGUUUGCAGCUUUGGGUGGGGGGUGGGGUGUUAAGUGUUGUUGCUAAUUUAGUAUAAGGGAAAGUUCAAAAGUUGCUUUAAUUUGUUUUUCUUUGAUUUCUAGCAAGCAUGAACAUUUUUCCAUAUUUUAAUUCACAAUUUAGUAUUUGAUUUUGUGUGACUUGUCUGUGUACUUUGUUCAUUUAUAUAAACAAUUGUCUUAACGGUUUCUUUAUACAUUUGAAUGAGUUCUUUAUGCAGUAAAUACUUGAUAGAAGUAUUUUUCAUAGCCUGUUGUCUUUUUUAUUUUAGCUUUAUUUUCCUUUUGCUAACUAAAUUUGCUAAUUUUUAUAAUCUCCCCCUUUUAUAGUUGUCAGAUUUGAGUAUGAAUAAAGUUUAUUGAAACUUAAAAAACAUAUCUUAGUCUUAACUCUCAUAAGCACCUGAAACUGAUGAGGAUGCUCUGAACAAGUUAAAACUUAUCUUUAAAACACAUUUGUAUUCUCCUGAGUCUGGCAUUUAAGUGCCAACUUUUUUUCUAUUUUAAUCAGAAUAUUAAAAUAUUUGUGCCUUAUGUGUUUCUAGGCUUCGAUCUUCAUGACAUAAUAAAGUUGUUUUACUGAUUUUAAAAAUUAGAAAUUCCUGAAAAUGUUUCAACUUAGAAUAUCCCAAAUUAUUUUGACACUAAGUUUUUUUUAAUCAGUCUGAAAAAUCUUAUUGUCCUAAUUUGAAAGUUAUCAAAAGUGGUCAUAGAAUUAUAUUAAUGGCUUUAAAAUCUAUGAGCAUUAAAGUAAUACGAAUUUGCUUUUCACUACUUCCAAACUGAAACUUGAAUAAGGGCUAAACUCAUAUUUUCUAUAUUAACUGGAUCUUUUCUUCUUAAAUACUCGAAUUAAUAAAAGCCACUGACCUGUCAUCAGAAAUGAUUCAUUAUAUUAAAAAAGGAUGCUUUAUAUCAGCUGCAGUACGUUUUAUGCCUCUGACCAUUUUGAACUUUGUGUUAUACUUAAAAUGGCAUUUAGAGGUUCAAUUAGAUGUUGAAUUGUUCUGUGUCAAAGGAAGAAAGUCAUUUGCCUUAAAUCAGUGAUAUAUAUAAUAGAAAAAAAACGUGAUUCCAAAAGCACUGUGAAAUGGUGAAACGUUUUAACCGAGGAAGAUCGUAGACAGGAAGUUUAUGCACUGAAGUGAUUACAAUGGCCUUGUAGUGAAAUUUAAAUAGAAGGCUUGUCUCAAAAGUAUUUCUUAACGGUACAUGUGAUUACUGUUCGUUACAUACUUUUCAUUAAGCACUUACUGCGUGGCACUUGAAUCAGUAAUACCUCCAUAUUUUCAGUUGGGGAGCUAAAAUUCUCUCCAUGGAGAAGAAUAUCUUCAGAUGGCUGUUUAUAAAUGAAUGAUACCAGUAGAAAAAUUGAAGUCAAAUUAUUAUUUUGCUCCUUACCCAUAACCCUUAAAAUAGAACAAAUUUGGAUUAUGUCCUUUUAUACAGAUUAUUUCUGUCUCAUCAGUUUUUAACCCUAGGCAAAUCACUUAAUUCUUUUUGAGCCUCAGUUUUCUCAUCUUUAAAACAAAGGGGUGGGACCAUUCCAUCUCGAUGGACCUAAAGCAGCAGGCUGCUAAGUGUAGGUCAUUUGUACUUUGCUCAGGACUUGUUUUUCAGGAGCCUUGAAUAAUCUUCUCAUUCAUCAAUUCUGGAAAAUUUCCAUCGUGUAACUCUUUGAAUAUUGUAUCUCUUCCAGCCCAUCCUAUGAAAUUUAGUCUUAUUUUCUGUAUCUAACUACAAUUUCAUAAUUUCUCUUUAUUCCGCUAUGCUGCAUCCUGGGACAUUUCCUUGAAUCUUAUAAGUAAUUCCCUCUUCUGCUAUUUUAAUUUACUAUUUUAACUAUCUGAGUAUUUAUUUCAAUAACAAUUUUUUUCUCAAAAUCUUUGCAGAUUAUUCUUUCCGUAGGGUUUUAAGAUACAUAAUUUUAUUGACAUUUAAUAUACAUGCAGGAAAUUGUGCAUAAGUGUACAGUGUAAUGGGUUUUCACAAACCAAACACCUAACCAGCACCCACAUCAAGAAACAGAACAUUGCUAGUCCCCCAGAAGCCUUCUAGAAGCUCCUCUAGUCGUUAGCCACCCCACUGCACCACCAAAGGUAAUCCCUCUCUCGUACAGAUUUGCUAGUUCUGUCUGCUUUAUACUUUAUACAAAUAAAAACUAUAUAUAUUCAUGUCAGCUGUUUUUGCUCAUUAUUAUGUUUGUAACCAAAAGGUCAGCAGUUCGAAUCCACCAGAUGCUCCUUGGAAACCCUAUGGGACAGUUCUCCUCUGUUCUGUAGGUUCGCUAGGAGCUGGACUCAACAGCAACUGGUUACAUUUGAAGGUUCUUCUCUUCUGUUGCAUAUGGUCGUAGACCAUUCUUUCGCAUUUUUGUUUAGUAUUCCAUUGUGUGAACACGCCACCAUUUAUCCGUUUUACUGCAUGAUGUUCAUUCACUUGGUUAGCUUCCAGUUUGGGCUAUUUUGAAUAGUACCUUUAUGAAUAAUCUAGUGUGUAUCUCAAUUGUAUAUGAUUCUAUCUAAAAGUAGAGUCUAAGUUACAGAGUAUACAUACGUUUUCAUGACUGCAAAUGAGGUGCAGUGGUCAGGAAUCAAACCCAGAUUUCCCACACAGGGAAAAUUCUACCACUGAACCAUCCUUUAGGUGUUUUCUUUAGGGCUGAAUAUUUCUUAGUAUUUCAUUAUAUUUCCACUAGUGGCUUCUUAGUUAUACCUCUUUAAAAAUUUUUUUUUUUAGUAGUUGCUCUAGGAUUUAUAACAGUGAAACCUGUGACUGCGGAAACUCAACAGGACUGCCUAGUUUUUCUGGGUCUUGCAAGUUUUCUGCCUUUGGUAGGGUACAGUCUUACCACUUUUCUGUCACUUGUUUUAGUAGAAAAUAUUUGAGUUUUCCUUCUCUCACAGGUUUCCACCUUAUGUAGAUUCCAGCAUUUGAAGCUUGUACUCUACAUCUACAUCUUUAUCACAGGUUACCUUCAAAGAGUAUUGUACCAUCUCACAUAUAAUGUAAGAACUUUACAAUAGUUACUUCUGUUCCUUCUCUCAUCUUUUGUGUUGUCUUGAUACAUUUUAUUAUUUACAUAUGUUAUGUAAACCCUAUACAUUCUUUUUGUUUUUUUACUUUCUUUAGACUACUGGUCAACAAACUUUUUUUGUUAAGGGUUAGAUGGUAAAUAUUUUAGGGUUUGUGGGCUAUGUGGUUUCUGUGCAACUUUACUCACAUUGCAGCAUGAAAGCAGCAUAGACAAUAUACAUAAAUGAAUAGGUGUGGGUAUGUUCCAAUAAAGCUUUAUUUACAAAAAAAAAAAAAAAAAAACCUAUUGC